UUCUGUGCAGGACUUGUCCGCAUACUCUUCUCUUUUCUUCUAUCUCUUUGAAGCUCUGUGGAGGAUUUUACUAGUCAUCAAUGGCAUCUGUGGAGGACAUUAGAAACGCUCAACGUGCCAAGGGGCCGGCCACCAUUCUAGCCAUUGGCACUGCUACUCCAGACAACUGUGUCUACCAGUCCGAGUACGCUGAUUACUAUUUCCGGGUCACUAAAAGCGAGCACAUGACCGACUUGAAGAAGAAGUUCAACCGCAUAUGUGAGAAAUCAAUGAUCAAAAAGCGAUACAUUCAUUUGACUGAAGAAAUGCUUGAAGAGCACCCAAAUAUGGGUGCUUACAUGGCUCCAUCGCUCAACAUACGCCAAGAAAUUAUCACUGCUGAGGUACCUAAGCUUGGUAAGGAGGCCGCAUUGAAGGCUCUUAAAGAGUGGGGCCAACCUAAGUCCAAGAUCACUCACCUUGUAUUUUGUACAACUUCGGGAGUAGAAAUGCCCGGUGCUGACUAUAAACUAGCCAAUCUUCUAGGCCUCGAAACAUCAGUUAGAAGAGUGAUGUUGUAUCAUCAAGGCUGCUAUGCAGGUGGGACUGUUCUCCGAACUGCUAAGGAUCUCGCAGAGAAUAAUGUAGGAGCACGAGUUCUUGUGGUAUGCUCUGAAAUCACGGUUGUUACUUUUCGUGGGCCUUCUGAAACCCAUUUAGACUCUUUAGUGGGUCAAACCCUUUUUGGUGAUGGGUCAGCAGCUGUAAUUGUUGGAUCAGAUCUAGAUACCUCCAUUGAACGACCACUCUUCCAACUUGUUUCAGCGGCCCAAACAUUCAUUCCUAAUACACAAGGUGCUAUUGCUGGCAACUUACGUGAAGUGGGUCUAACCUUUCAUUUGUGGCCUAAUGUGCCUACUCUGAUUUCUGAGAAUAUAGAGAAGUGCUUGACUCAAGCUUUCGGCCCACUUGGUAUUAGUGAUUGGAACUCCUUGUUUUGGAUCGCUCAUCCAGGUGGCCCGGCCAUUCUGGAUGCAGUCGAAGCAAAACUCAAUUUGGAGAAGAAGAAACUUGAAGCAACAAGACACAUCUUAAGUGAGUACGGUAAUAUGUCAAGUGCAUGUGUGUUGUUUAUUUUGGAUGAGAUGAGAAAGAAAUCACUUAAGGAAGAAAGGACCACCACAGGUGAAGGAUUGGACUGGGGUGUUUUAUUUGGUUUUGGGCCAGGUUUGACCAUUGAAACUGUUGUGCUGCAUAGCGUUGUUGGGGCUACAAAUUGAGUGAAAGGAGACAAUUUCAAAUUAAAUCAAAUAGGAGUUAAUAAAGACAUAUGUCUUUUAUUUGUAACAUCUUUUAUUCUUUAUUAAAAUUGAUGUUUGUGGUUCAAAUUAGAGCUUGUUGGAGGGCUUCAUUAGUAACCUCAAGUUAAAAGGGAUGAGACAUCAAGUUCUUACAGUUUCGUUAUCUAGAUGAAAUUCCCUCAAAAGUUGUAUAAACAUCCACCGUGUUCUUUUAAAGAUUGUUGAGAGUAAUACAAAGAAAAGAAUAAAAUAACAAA